UUUCCACGACCUUGUUUAUAAUCUGUUGCAAAAAAUGACCAAUCCAUCGGAUUAUCAUGCAGCUAUUGACGAGCAACUACUUGCAGUUGCACUGGCAAAACCUGACGGUUCUGCGGCUCUGCCACUGGAACUUGAGGCUACAAGGGUGAAAUUGGAAGAAAUUGCCCAUGCUGCUGCCAUGAAUAAACAACAGCAGCAGCAGCAACAACAACAACUUCAACAAGAUGGUCAUUCUCUGGCACAAGCACAAGCACAAGCCCAUGCACAAGCUCAGCAACAGAUCCACCUGCAACAACAUCUGCUUGGUCAAUUGCAACUGCUUCCCCAACAACAGCAACAACAACAACAACAGGCACAACAACUGCAAAUUCCUCAUCAACAAUUGCAACAACUGGCUCAACAAAUCCAUCAACUUCAUCACCACCAACAAAUACUUCAACAACAACAACAGCAACAACAACAGCAACAGCAACAACAGCAACAACAGCAACAACAGCAACAACAACAAUUGCAACAUGUACAACAACAUGCACAUUAUGAAGAUGAUCCUUCACAAUAUAAUAUCCAAAUACCAGACCCAAUCAUUGACUCUAAACUGAAAAUUUAUCCAGUUUCAGAAAAUACAAUCACUGCCGAUGGUAAUCUCAUCACUCGUCCAUAUCCAGAACAAGUAUUCCAAAGUCGUGAUGAUUUGAAUGAUUUUAUUCAUGAAUUUGCCAGAGAUAAUGGGUUUGGGGUUGUUAUUGCUCACUCCAAUAAGAAGGCAAUUUAUUACACUUGUGAGCUUGGAGGACGGUAUCGUCAUAAAAAAUCGAAAAAGAAUGAACCAGGUGAGAAUCCAGCAAAUGAAGUUGAAGAGCCCAUUGAUAAUGGAUAUCUUUUAGAUCCUUCAACAAAGACUAAGAAGCUUCGUUGUCCAUUCCUGAUGACUGCAAACUUCAAGAAAUCUACUGGUGUAUGGACUCUUAGAACCACAUGUAAUGAACAUAACCAUCCACAAUUGGAUCCAUUAUCAAAUCAUCCAAUGCUUCGUAAAAGAUCAGAUGAACUUAAUUUACUUAUUUUGGACUUGUAUAAAAUUGGAACUAAACCUUCUCAUAUAGAAUCCAAGAUUAAAGAUCAAUAUCCUGAUGUUUUAAUUAAGAGAGAAGAUAUUUACAAUGAAAUCCGUGGGUAUAAGAGAAAAUUAAAGAAACAAAACAGAUUUCUUACCAAUUCAACCAAUAGACAAACUCUUUAUAAGAAAAGAUCGAAUGCUAGUUCGUUUCAACAGGUUGAUUUGGAAGAUGAUGAUCAAAAUGAUCUGGUGUUAGACUAUGAGUUACACCAUCAACACCACAACACUCACCAAGAUGUGGAACUCCAGCGUCAAUUGCACCAGGCAGCAGCUGUUCAACAACAACAGCAACAACAUCAACAUCAUCAUCACCAUCACCACCAUGCACAACAGCAACAGCAGCAACAACACCAUCACCAUAUCGAUGAACAACAACUCCAACAAUACCAACAACAGCUUCAAGAACAUGAUCUUCAUCAUGGCGGCGACGAUUCGGAAAAUACUGCUGCUGCUGCCAUUGCUGCAGUAGCAAGUGCCACCCAACAACAUCAAUCACACUCACACCAUCACGAUGGAGAAUUAUCGAUGGACAAUAUUGAUAGUAGAUUAGUGGGAGACGUCGGAGAAUAAGUAUUUUAAUUUGUAUUUUUGUUUAAUGUAUAAUAAAAGAAAAGAUAUUUAAUGUC